UCCCCGCCGCCUCCUUCAGACUACCCAUCACCGUCUCCUCCCUCCACUACACACUUCCUGAGAAGACAGGGGCGAGAGCUCGGGAAGGAGAGGAGCCAGGGGGAGCGGAGGACCGACGUACGACGAGAUGCAGAUCUUCGUGAAGACGCUGACGGGGAAGACCAUCACCCUCGAGGUCGAGAGCAGCGACACCAUCGACAACGUCAAGGCCAAGAUCCAGGACAAGGAAGGCAUCCCGCCGGACCAGCAGCGCCUCAGCUUCGCGGGGAAGCAGCUCGAUGACGGCCGCACCCUGGCCGACUACAGCAUCCAGAAGGAGUCCACGCUCCACCUCGUGCUUCGCCUCCGCGGGGGGCACUGCAUGAUCGAGCCCAACCUCAAGGCCCUCGCCCAAAAGUACAACCAGGCCAAGCUCGUCUGCCGCAAGUGCUAUUCACGCCUGCCGCCCAGGGCCACGAACUGCCGCAAGAAGAAGUGUGGCAACAGCAACCAGCUGCGGGCAAAGAAGAAGUGUAGGUACUGCUGAAGAUCAAGAUCCGCGCAUCAGUUGAAUCAGUUAUCUACUUGUCUCAGCUUAUCAAAACUGUCAGGAUUUUGUAGGCAGAUGAAUCAGUUGUCUACUUGUCUCAGCUUAUCACAGCUGUCCGAGUUUUUAAGUAUCUUAGUGUAGUAUUCUGCUGGAAGUUCAGCAGUGUCUCUUUUGAACACUUGGUUAUGGUUCAAUGCAUGCUGAGGACAUGAUUAUAAUAUGGUAGCUUAACUCUUUUGGCUGGAGUGAGCACUUGUCUAAUUUCUAUUAAUGCUGUUCUCUUUUGAAAUAUUUGGCUGGAGUUGAAUCUUGAGUGAUCUUGGUCA